CGCUGCUCACAGCUUCAGUUGAGGAGGAUUCUGGUUUGGUGGGAACAGACACUGAAGUCGUUUCUCACACGCUGUUAAAUUAAGAAAUUCACAGUUUGUAUAAACCACAGUUCAAUCUAACACCAUUGGGCUCAGCAUGCAUGUAAGUGGAAAGAGGAAGUAAGUUGGGUGUGUUUAACAGUUUAAAUUGAUCUUUCUCUUACAGAAUCUGUCUUUAUUCUCAGCCUCUUCUGUGUUGUAGGUAGACGUGUCUGUGAUGUGACUGAGUUUCAUCUUGUGCACAUUAUUUAUCUGUGGACGUUUUUCUUGUUUGAAGUCACAGACGAGAGCAGCAGCUACUAUGAGUGUAACUGCAGCAGCCAGUGGAUUUGUUGUCCUUCUUCUCACUGUGACAGGUCGUCUCAUUGUCUGAUUCUUGUGAACGCAAUAUCUCAAGAUCCCUUUGAGGGAAUUUCUUCAAAUUUGGUGCAAAUGUUCAUAACUUGGACUCAAAGAUGAACUGAUGAGGUUUUGGUGGUUGAAGGUCAAGGUCACAGUGGCCUCAUGAAACCUGUUUUUUGCCUCUCGAUCAUGAUAUUUCUAGUCUGUCUUUGGAGAAUUUCAUCAAAAUUUAAGUGUAAAUCUGAACUAAUCACAUUUCAAAGCUCAAACGUCACAGUGACCUCAUAUGAUUCUGGAAAGAGGAACACAGACUGAAAAUGCUCUGGUUGGUGGAGGCAUCCUACAGCAGGGUGGUCAUUCUAGUUUGUGCUGUGGUUACAGUGGUGCAGGGUGAGGAUGACUGGGGAGUGAGGUGCACUCCGACUCAGAUCUGUGCUGUAAAAGGAUCGAAGGUGCAAAUACGCUGCUCCUACUGGCACCCAUCCAGAAUAGAUGGCCAUGAUGUUGCAGUGGAGAAAGAGUUCUGGUUUACUAAAGUGCAGGAUAGUGAACCUGUGGAUCUGAGAUCAGCCUCUGAGUACACAGGUCGUGUGAAGUAUGACUGUGGAAACAAGGCCUGCACUCUGACCAUCACAGACCUGAGAGACAGCGACUCUGAUGUUUACCAGUUCAGGUUCACAACAAACCACCCGACUGGGAGUUUAACUGGUUUACCUGGAGUCUCCUUGUCUGUCACAGGUGUCCAGGUGCUCACCACAAAAUUAUCAGCUUGCAAGACGGAUGACUGUUCAUGGUCACGUGUGGAGUGUCAAACCAGUUGUCCUCCAACUCCCAGUCCGUCCUACAUCUGGUUCAAGAGCGGACAAAAGACAUCGGGAGAAAAAUCUUAUACAGCCUACUUUCAUUCAGCAGACAGUAUUUCCUGUGCUGUGAGAGGCCACGAGGAUUUCCCCUCUGCUCCAGUGUGUGUCGAUGGAAAUUCAUGCAACAGAGUGAAUUACAUCAACAGGAACAUCUGUGCCUUUAAAGGCUCCUCAGUGGACAUCUCUUGCAGUUACAGCAGUUACUAUAAACGUAUCACAUCUAAGUCCUGGUUAGUUGCUGAGCGUAAGGAUGUGCAGCUGCAUCGUCCUCAAGCUGUGGACUUACUCAAAGACCCAGAGUUCACAGCUCGUGUUCAGGUCCUUGAUCCAGAGCCAGGGCGCUCCACUCUGAGGAUAAUGAACCUGAGACUGAGCGAUUCAGCCCAGUAUCGCUUCACAUUCAAAUCACAGUGGUUUGAAUGGGAGAGAAGUUUCCCUGGCACAACUCUGACUGUCACAGAUCCAGAUGUUCAGGUGAUCUGUUCUCCGAUUGGUCCAACACUGACUUGUCACAGCAGCUGUCUUCUCUCUGGUCGUCCCUCCUUUGUGUGGUUCAAGAAUGGAAGAGAAGUUCACGGGGAAACGUCUCCAACUUUCAGGGGAUUCCUUCACCCUGAAAACAACUAUUCCUGUGCUUAUGAGCAUCACCACUCGUCCCCUGUGUAUGCUCCGAAGGUUCCUUUAGUGCAGCUGAGUCAACCUGGAGACAUUCUGAAGGACAGCUCGGUGUCUCUGACCUGCAGCAGUGAUGCUAACCCACCCCCUGCAUACACCUGGUACAAGGAGAACCAGACUUUGCUCAACAGAGCAGCUCAGCUGGUUUUCAGAUCCAUCCCGUUAUCUGACUCUGGAGAAUAUUACUGCACAGCUGAGAAUGAGCUGGGGAAGACAACGUCUAAACGUGUCUUAAUAAAUGUGAAAUAUGCUUUGUCAGUGAGUCCCUCUGGUGAGAUCAUGGAGGGCAGCUCGGUGAAUCUGACCUGCAGCAGUGAUGCUAACCCAGCAGCUAACUACACCUGGUACAAGGAGAACCGAGCUCUGCUUCAAGGACCAGAGGGUGUUUAUCGUCUCUCCUCCAUCAGCUCUGGGGACAGCGGGGUCUACUCCUGCAAGUCUGAGAAUCAGUACGGACGGAUCAACUCCACGUCUCUACACUUAGACGUCCAGUGUGAGUAGAAAACAUCCACAUGUCCAUGAAACCCAGCACUGUCUCACAAUCUUACAGAAGGUUCCUGGGUCCGCCCCCUUAUCUGGAUUCACACCAAACUUUACUGAGUUCUUCUCUGACCCGUUCCUCAUCCUACCUCCAAGUUUCAUGCUAAUCGACUCAGUAGUUUUUGUGUAAUCUUGUUUAAAAUCAACAACCAACAAGCAAAUGGACUGUUGGGAAAACAUCUGUUGUUGCAUAGCUACACUAUAUGACGUCAUUUUUCUAAACUCAUAGUGACGACAUUCCCAUCAUAUGAUCAUAGAUUAUUUUUCAAUGUAUUUAAUCUUCAGGUCGUCUCUAUAGUCCUAUUAGACACAGGAAUACAGCAUGAAGGAAGUUUUAAGGAUGCAUGAUGUAAAUCUCUAACUUCUUUGUGACAUUACUUAUAAGUCAUCUAUCAUUAUAUGAUGGGGAAUAAUGUUCUGAUCAGUAUAUGAUUUAGUCUCUCUGCUAUUAGUGGACAUAUCUUAAAUCUAUCUACAAAACUUUGCUCAUCUUGACCUCUGAACUUUGACCCAUCAGCUGAAAAGUGAAUAUUCACUAUAAUAUUCAGUAAGUUUGGUUCAUGUGUUGAGUUAUUUUCUACAUUCACACAAUCUGGCUGAAAACCAAACCCUCAGUUCCUGCUUCUGUCUGUGCUGGCGCCCUGGGUUAAUAAUGAUCAUCUAUAUUUAAGAAGCACUUAUCAAAACCAGAUAUUG